UUCGGUUACUUCUCACUGCUCGAGUAUUCUUCUUUCCUUCUUCAGUCUUCUUCUCUUUGUAGCCUCUGUCUCUCCCCAACCCAACAUGGCAACCGCAGUAAUGUCCGACUCCAAAAAGCUCCCACGACCGGGAAGGGGCGGGUAUCAAGCACAUGGACUGACCGAAGAAGAAGCCCGUGUUCGAGCCAUAGCAGAAAUCGUAAACUCCAUGGUAGAGCUCUCACGAAAGAACCAAACUGUAGACCUAAACGCUAUCAAAUCCGCCGCAUGCCGCAAGUACGGCCUCGCACGAGCACCAAAGCUCGUGGAGAUGAUCGCGGCUCUGCCUGAGUCCGACCGAGAAUCGCUACUUCCUAAGCUCCGUGCCAAGCCAGUUCGUACUGCUUCAGGAAUCGCGGUCGUGGCCGUUAUGUCGAAGCCGCAUCGGUGUCCGCAUAUUGCGACCACGGGAAAUAUUUGUGUUUAUUGUCCCGGUGGACCGGACUCUGAUUUCGAGUACAGCACACAGUCCUAUACUGGUUAUGAACCUACUAGUAUGCGUGCAAUUCGAGCCAGAUAUAAUUCGUAUGUCCAGGCUAGAAGCAGGAUAGAUCAGCUUAAGAGAUUAGGUCACAGCGUAGACAAGGUUGAGUUUAUAUUGAUGGGUGGUACUUUCAUGUCACUGCCAGCAGAUUACCGUGAUUAUUUUAUAAGGAAUCUUCAUGAUGCGCUGUCUGGACACACUUCCGCCAAUGUUGAAGAGGCAGUUGCCUACUCUGAGCAUGGUGCAGUCAAGUGUAUUGGCAUGACUAUUGAAACGAGACCAGAUUAUUGUCUUGGACCUCAUCUGCGUCAAAUGCUUUCUUAUGGUUGUACACGACUGGAGAUUGGAGUGCAAAGCACAUAUGAGGAUGUUGCUCGGGAUACAAAUAGAGGACACACAGUGGCUGCUGUUGCUGAUUGUUUUUGCUUGGCAAAAGAUGCGGGUUUCAAGGUUGUUGCUCAUAUGAUGCCUGAUCUUCCAAAUGUUGGGGUUGAGAGGGACAUGGAAAGUUUUCGAGAAUUCUUUGAAAGUCCUUCAUUUAGAGCCGAUGGACUCAAAAUUUAUCCUACACUUGUAAUUCGUGGAACUGGGCUUUAUGAACUCUGGAAAACUGGCAGAUAUAGAAACUACCCACCUGAACAACUUGUGGAUAUUGUAGCACGGAUUCUAGCUAUGGUACCCCCUUGGACACGUGUUUAUAGAGUUCAACGGGAUAUUCCCAUGCCUUUGGUUACAUCUGGAGUUGAGAAAGGAAAUCUUAGGGAGCUAGCUUUAGCCCGAAUGGAUGACUUGGGCUUGAAAUGCCGUGAUGUUCGCACACGUGAGGCUGGAAUCCAGGACAUUCAUCAUAAAAUUAGGCCAGAAGAAGUUGAGCUUGUUCGCCGAGAUUAUACAGCUAAUGAAGGUUGGGAGACAUUUCUUUCAUAUGAGGAUACACGGCAGGAUAUUCUUGUGGGUUUGUUGCGCUUGCGGAAAUGUGGUCGGAACGUUACCUGCCCUGAGCUCAUGGGGAAGUGCUCUAUUGUUCGUGAGCUCCAUGUUUAUGGAACUGCAGUUCCUGUUCAUGGCCGUGAUGCAGACAAAUUGCAACACCAGGGUUAUGGGACGCUAUUAAUGGAAGAGGCAGAGAGGAUUGCACGCUGUGAGCAUAGAUCAACUAAGAUAGCUGUCAUUUCAGGCGUUGGAACCCGUCACUACUAUAGGAAAUUGGGUUAUGGGCUUGAAGGCCCUUACAUGGUUAAAUGUCUUGCCUGACAUUAACGAGACUAGUGUAUGAUAUACAAAAAUUUUGUAAUUUAUCUUUUGCAGUGGUGAAAGCAUUCUAAGAUUUAAUUUAUUGAUUUGUUUGUUCUCUGUUUCUAAUAAGAAAAGAUAAAUUAUCAAUUUA